AUGAAACGCAUAGUGGAUAUGACGCGAGUGAAUGAUACACCAUGUAUUCAAUUUCAUCGACAAACUGAAUUUAAUCUAUCUAGUGUUAUUAUAAAUAACGGCACAGGAUGUUCAGCAACCGUAGGACGUAAUUUGGGUCUGAAUAAGAUGACCUUGAUGCACACUUCAAAUGUUAGCUGUAUGAAAAUUGGAACGAUUCAACAUGAAUUACUUCAUAUAUUAGGAUUUUAUCACGAACAAUCAAGACCGGAUCGGGACUUGUAUGUUUCAAUUCAAUGGGAAAAUAUCGAAAAAAAUGGAAUAAAGAAUUUUGAAAAAUACAAUCAAGCUGUUGUUAAUGAUCUACAGACACCAUAUGAUUAUGGAUCAAUAAUGCAUUAUCCACAAGAAGCAUUUGGAAUUAAUGGAUCUUUAACUUUAAUUCCAAUAAAAAAUAUUAAUGUCAUUAUCGGUCAACGAAAUAAUUUAAGUUUAAUCGAUAUUAUUGAAAUUCAACGAUAUUAUGAAUGUAUUCCAUUUGGAUUGAAAACUACAACACCUUUCAACUCUUCUGCUACACGUUAUUACCAAUAUCUCUUCAUUUGGCUUCUACUUAUAUAUUUAUCAAUAAAUUUAUAA